AUGGCAGAUCAACCUCCUCAACCACCCAGUGGGCCAGAUGCUCCAGAUAAGGAGAAGAUGGAGCAGAUCCGACGCCGCCGCAUGGAGAAGUUAGCUGGUUCCGCAUCUUCGAGUUCUGAAAAGAUUUCUGGCGCCGGCGCAGAAGCUUCAACAUCUCUUCCUACUUCGCAACCACCUGUACCAAAAGAUAAUGCUUCAUCGGCUCAACCAGUUGCUAAAUCAGCUAUCGAUAUUAAACCUACGAGCGUCACUCCUACACCAGCUGCUAAUCCUUUCGCGAAAGUGGGCGCGCAAGCAAGCUCUACUGAGAAACCAUUGUCUACACCUCCUCGCCCAACUCCACCCACUCGCAAAGCUAAUCUCGCCGAAGAGUCUUUAGAAGACUACGAAAAUCGAAUUCUUGCUCAUGUCUUUCGAAUUACUCUAGAUCCCAACCAGCGAACAGAUGCCUCGAAUCAUAAACUAAUAUUUCUACCUGAAUUGAGAAAAGAGCUCGAGGAGGAACAUGCGGAGAUUAGGCUGUCGGCUGAUAAACUUGAUGGUGCUCUUAUGGAAGCCUGCUCUACCAUCCCCCAUAGUAAACCUAUAUUCGAAUAUCUAUUGCCAUGUUGGAAACGAAUCAUAAAAGCUUCAAAGGGGCUGCGGGGUUAUGCAGGGCAGAAAGACGCGAUUCUCAAGGAAGCUAAACGCUUAUGUAUGAGCAAUUGCAUCUUUGCUGCCGAAAUGCCGGACAUUUUUCAACGAGAGAUCAAUCUGACUACAGAUGUCCUCACCCCUUACUUCUUAUUGGAGCCUGGUGAAGAUAAAGGCAUCUGCCCCGACUUUCUCGAAGAAGCUGUAGCUCGCUUUGCGGAGGAUGAUAUGGCAAAGUCUAUGAUUGUCAAAGCAUUUGUAGGCAUGAGUAGUAAACUCUCGAAUAUGACUAUGAAUGACGUUUACAAGCCCUACGUUCAUGCUUUCAAAUUACUUACGCAAUUCAACCCGAUCACCACAGCUAUUGCCGAAUCCCCGCUAUUCCAAAUGGCUGUCUCAGCGAAUACCAUUGAAAAGUACACACUACUUGGUCCUUUCUUCAGGAUAUCACCUUUACAACAGGAAGUGACCAGGGAAUACUUUAAUGCGCCCAAGACGAUAGAUAGACGACAUAUUGCCACAUCUCAAGAUGCGUUACGAUUGACCUUGCAAACCCAUCAAAAAGAUUUACUUGAUAUUAUCAACCACUUUGUUCGAGCAAGUCCAAUAGCUAAAAGCAAAACCUUGGAUUGGUUUGCCUACAUUGUAAAUCAAAAUCACAAGCGUCGGGCACUUCAGGUGGACCCAAAAGAAGUAUCUUCUGAUGGUUUUAUGCAUAAUGUCACUGUUGUUUUAGAUGGUCUUUGCGAGCCAUUCAUGGAUACCACAUUCUCGAAGAUCUCGAAGAUUGAUAUCGAUUAUCUACGACGUGCGCCUCGUGUAGAUAUCAAGGACGAGACCAAACUGAACGCUGAUGAGAAGGCUUCCGAAACGUAUUAUGAGGCAACUGUUGAAGGCACUUCUAAUUUCAUCUCUGAAGUCUUCUUUCUGACGCUGGCUGCUCAUCAUUAUGGUAGUGAAGCUCUUAAUGCCACACAUAAGAGUCUGGAGAAGGAUAUCAAGUAUAUUCAAAAGCAAUUGACUGCCAUUGAAGCAGAACGUGUAAAAGUGGCACGGGAUCCUCGGGCUGUUGUUGUACUUGAUAUGAGAAUCAAGAGAAUCAAUGAGGUCUUAGAAAAUGCGAUGUCGAAGAGAAUGGCCAUUGAAGGUGUUCUGUCUGACAAACCUAUGCAAGCAAAAUCUUUGAUUUUCAUGAGAUACGUUACUGUCUGGCUUUUGAGAAUCGCUACGGAGUCCAAUUAUACUCCUAGCCAAACCAUUAAGUUACCAUUACCAUCGACACCCCCUACCGCUUUUGAUUAUCUUCCAGAAUACGUUUUAGAGGAUAUCAUUACCAAUUUUAAUUUUAUCAUUAGAUUCAUUCCUGAUGUUAUGAUUUCAGCUGUUGGCGAUGAGAUCAUUGCACUCAGUAUUACUUUCUUGACAAAUUCCGAGUAUAUCAAGAACCCAUACUUGAAAGCAAAACUCGUAUCUUUACUUUUUGCUGGUACAUGGCCAGUGUAUCAUCGCACCAAAGGUGUAUUGGGUGAUGUUUUAAUGGGAUCGAAAUUCGCUAAUGACCACUUGCUUCACGCAUUACUGAAGUUCUACAUUGAAUGUGAAUCUACUGGAGCACACACUCAAUUUUACGACAAAUUUAAUAUUCGAUACGAGAUCUUUCAAGUCAUCAAAUGUGUAUGGCCGAAUGAUAUUUACCGACAGCGUUUAUCACAAGAGAGCAAGACUAAUACGGACUUUUUCUUGCGAUUCGUCAACCUUCUACUGAAUGAUGCCACUUUUGUUCUUGAUGAGGCUCUUACAAAGUUUCCAAAGAUUCAUGACCUUCAGGUUGAACUCAGAAAAGAGGCAGAACAAUCAACAAUGACUGCCGAGGAGCGAGAGCAGAAAGAAACUGCAUUACGCGAGGCGGAAGGUCAAGCGCAAUCCUACAUGCAAUUGACCAAUGAGACUCUCGCUAUGAUGAAGUUGUUCUCUUCCACCUUGAGUGCCUCCUUCACCAUGAAGGAAAUUGUUAAUCGUGUAGCAGCAAUGCUGAAUUAUACACUUGAUACCAUCACUGGGAGUAAAUCAACCAACUUGAAGGUUGAGAACCUGGAAAAGUACCAAUUCAGACCAAGAGCUUUCCUUAGCGAUUUCGUGGAAAUCUAUAUUAAUCUCGGAGUUCAUGAACCAUUUGUGGAAGCUGUGGCUAGAGAUGGUCGCUCAUACAAACCAGAGAAUUUUGAUAGCGCUUCUCGAAUUUUGACACGUUACGGACUCAAAUCAGCGGAAGAUCUCAACGCCUGGGAACGUCUCAAGACUCGAUUUAAGAUUGCCAAAGAGAUUGAGGAUCAAGAUGAACAAGAUUUGGGAGAAAUACCGGAUGAAUUCUUGGAUCCAAUUUCAGCAGAUCUCAUGGAAGAUCCAGUUAUGCUACCUACUAGCAAAGAGGUUGUUGAUAGGGGCACGAUCAGUGCUUUAUUAUUGGGUGAUCAAAGAGAUCCAUAUAAUCGGGAUCCGUUGAAAAUUGAGGAUGUGAUUCCAGUUCCGGAAUUGGCAGAAAAGAUCAGGCUCUGGAAAGAAGAGAUCAAGGACAGAAAAAGAGCCGAGCGAGCUGCUGCCGCUGCGGCGGAUGCAGCUCCUCAAGAUCCGAUGGAUCUCUCAGCAUAG